GAGCAUGGUGACAGAGCAGAGCAGCAGGACAGGGUGUUGCUGCUGGGCUUUGGCCAGGAAAGUCAGAGGAGCCAAACAGUUUGGAUCACAUCACAUCCGAUCCGACAAAGUGUAAAUAUGUUUGACAACUCCAACUACCCUUUCAACUGUUUCAACUAUGAUGGAGACGGAUACCCUUCAUCCAGCACGGACGAGGAGAAGAAAAUGUGCAGACCCGCAUACAGUUACAUAGCUCUGAUAGCCAUGGCCAUCCAGCAGAGCCCCGAGCAGCGGGUCACUCUGUCGGGCAUCUACGAGUUCAUCAUGAAGAGAUUUCCUUACUACCGCUCCAACCAGAGAGCCUGGCAGAACUCCAUCAGACACAACCUGUCUCUCAACAGCUGCUUCAUCAAGGUUCCUCGGACAGAGGGCAACGAGAAGGGAAAGGGUAACUACUGGACUUUUGCCACUGGCUGUGAAUCCAUGCUCGACCUCUUUGAAAAUGGCAACUUUCGGCGUCGCCGGCGCAGGAGGAACAUGAAAAUUGGCUUCCGUGAUUCAGGAGAACCCCCUUUCCACCCUCUGGAGAGCCACAGCAAUCAGCACGUACCCGCAGCCCGGCGCCCUGAACCCGACUCCACCCUCUGCCCUUUGAACCCUGAGAGGCCGAGGCCGGGCCCCCAGCAGAACCACCUCAUCCCGAACCCUACCCAGCAGGGGAAACCAGAGUCAGAGAUCAAGUUUAGCAUUGACUACAUCCUAUCCACCCCGGAUCCACCCUUGCCUGGGUUCAGAUCCCCCCACGGCCCUGUUCACAUAGGGCCCACAGGGCCGCCCAUACAUGUUCUGGAGCCCCAACAUCUGAACCUGCACUUCUGGACUCUGUAAGAGAGGAAACAGAGACUGAACUUCUUCUUUCAUUAUCAUCUGUGUCCAAAACUGGGAAGUAUUGUAAGGACAUCCAAAGACUGAAAGGAAACUCCACAAAAGGAAUUUUACUGACUUGAAAAUGUAAAUGAGGAGCAAAGAAUAAAGGUACAGUAUUGUGUGAUGAUGGAUUCUACAUGGAAAGAAGUCACUUAAAGAAAGCAUCACGCCGACUGAGAGUUCAUCCAAAAGAUAAAAUGUGAACAAUACAGAGCAGUAUUCAUAUUGUCAUUAUACUGUAUGUGCAGUGUCCAGUGCUGACAUAGACUAGUUUACAGUAUUCUCUAUAUGUAUAUACACAGCACAGAUAUGAUGUGUCUAAAAUCAGAGAAGGUAAAUCAAACUCCAAUUCAUGGAUUUAUUGGAUUAUCCUCAGAUCACAAGUUAGACAAAUUUCUUUGUUUAGAGAGAAUCUUAUGGUUUUUCUGUCAUUCAUUUAUCCAGACAUUGCUUGUUAAACUGAAACAUGAUUUAUGUAAUUUAUCAUAUUUAUUACCGAUUAAUGGUAGAUUUGGGCAUAUUAUUUCUCCUACCUUAUUUCAGUGACUGUCAAGAUAAAUGUCUCUGACAGCAUUACACAACUUUGGAUUUUUUGAAAUCCCCUCCAGGCAUGUUUUAAUACGUAUAAAAAAAAUACUUGUCAUUCUCACAUGUCUCAAACUCAGAGUUAAGGUGAGCACAGAGAAACUUUUUUCCUCCAGCACAUGAACUCUAUUCUGCACCAUGAAGCUCAAACAUCCCAGUAAAGUAGGAAUAAGGAAACAGAUUAUAUGAAGACACAUUUUUUUUUGCCAAUGUCAUGAAAAAAGGUCCUCUAAGUGAGGAAAAAAUUAAAUAAUUAGCAUUUAAUAUAAUUAAUUAAUAUUAAGGAUGUAAUUAAGGAUGGUGAUAUUUCAGUUUUUCUGGAAAGCAAUGUGACCAGGAAAAAGCAAAUGAUCUGCCUUGUUUUAGACUGAAAUUAUUAUUUUUUUUUCAGUGAAAAGAUUUUCAAAAUUUCAAUUGAAAAAAAAAAAAAAUCUUUUCAAAUCACAUACAGCAUACAACAUCCAACACUCACCAAAAUAUGAGGUUUUCACCUGACGCCUGCAUGCCUCUAAUCUUUUCUUUUCCUGCGAACAUUUUCCGACAAAGUUGGCAAGCAGCUUUUUUACAUUCUUUAUUUCUCUAUAGAAGACAUUUUGACAUGUCACAGUAGGAAAAGCACAGGUUAGGUAACAAAAUUAGUAAUGGCUGAAUGGCUCACUGCCAGCAUGUCCCAAAUCCAUAAAAUACACAAUUUCUAUACAGUAAUGUGAAGGGUUACAGCAGUUAAGAUACUAAAGACAAAUCCAUGUUUUACACUUUCACACUAGAAGAAAACAGUACAAUAGGUCAGUCAGACUGUGACUUUGCAUUGUCAGAGUAACUGUGUCCCAAACCCAUCCUAAAAACUAAUACUAUACAGAUUGUAUGUUGGAAAAGUGACAAUAUUUAGGUUAAUUAAAACAUGCAGUAUCCAUACAAACACAUUUCUACUGCAUUUGCACAGUGCGUGUAUUGCAUCAUUUCCUGUUUUCUUCCUGAUUUUUGGCAUACUGCAAAAAAAUCGGUGUACUAUUAAAAAUUAUCAUAUGGUAAAUAAUGUAUACAUUAGCAUGUAGCAUGGAAAUGCAUGACCCAAGCGGCAGUAUAAAUGUUGGCAUUGUGCAUUUCUGCAAACCACAGAUAUAUAUGUUUCAUAUGUAGCGGAUAUGUUGAAACUUAACAUUUCUUAAUGUUUCAGUUCUAAGUUUUGAAUGUGGUUAGGUUUAAGUGCAAACCUACUUGGUUAGGGUUAAAAAGAGAUCAUGUUUUAGCUUAAACUACCCGGUUUUGUCGCCACAAAUACAACUAGAAACAUCCAGAACUCUAGUAAGAAAAAGACCCACUUUUGUUGUUUGUCUUGAACAGUGGUUAAACUGUUGGCAACUGUGUCACACAGGUGUCACGCCGUCUACCAUCCCUCCUCCAUCUGAGGAGAAACUCAGCUCAUAUACAUGUAAUUUGAACUACGUAGAAAUGUUGAUGAUACGUAUGAAUUGUUAAAAUGUAAUAUAUCCCUAAUGUGCAGACAUGUGCAAUGCCAACAUUUUUUGGGUUACCGUGCUUAAAUGCAACAAGGGCAAUGUCUUUUUUUAAGAUAUAUUACUUUCAUUCUACCACCACUCACAAGUACUUUUAUUUUUUCCAGCUAAGUAACUCCUUCAUUUCUUUGGUGGAAGAAUAGUGUCCAUUAUCUUAUUUAGUAUGCAUACUGUCUUGUUUCAGUAUAUGCUAUUUCGUCACUUUUCCAAUAUGAAAAUACAAUUGCGUAGAAUUAGUAUGUAAUGUGGAUCUGGGAGGAGUUGGCACCAUCAUGGCUUACUGGGAGAUUUGAAAGGACACAGCCAUCUUAAUGUUAUCAGUAACACCUGUGCUUUUCCGGCUAUGACACGUCUCCUGUAAACAAAGGCCUAUUCUGACUGCGCUCAUUUCAAACCCACCCUCUGCUAACAUUUUGCUAAUUUUUUCACUGACCUUUUGAAAUCCUGAUUGACUGACACUUAAAUUCUAAUCCAGCCACUCCUUAUUAUAACACACUGUAUUCACACACUUAAAAGGAGGCCUAACGAAACAGAGGUCUGGCUAACAUUUCCUUGCCUGUACAAGGGAGAUCAAUCAUGGCGUGUUCCUGCGCCGUUGAAGGGACAUUUUUCAAUUUAACCUUUAUAUUAUGUCUUGACUACAUCGGAGGAGGGUUUCAACGCACUUAACAUGAGUGGCAUUUAAUAUAGCAUAACACUUGCAAGGUGAGGCCGAGAUGUGACCCUAUUUAAAUACAGAGGCCCCUGCCUAUGAGCCUUAACAGCAACACCUCCCCCCAACAAACACACACACAAACCCCCCCCCUUUGACGCAAUUAUAAUUAAACACACCUUAUGCCUCCUUUGCAAAUGCCCCUCAUCGAUCUGUGGGUUUUUAACAUUCAUAUGUGAACUGCCCCCCAGCUAACGUCUGCAGCGGCACAAACGUUUAUGGAUCAGCAAGUUUCCAUUAACAAAGUUGUUGAUGUUGAAUAGCGGGGGCCGGGGCUGCCAUGAUGCCGCGGAUAUAUUUGGGUAAAUUAACUUAGCAUAAAGUGCUCCGAGGCUACGGGGGUCUUUUGAGGCAGCUAAAGAGAAAGCAAGGCACCAGUCAGGCCCGAAAAGUCAAUGCACAUAUUAUGUUGUCGGUGAAUAUUUGAAACUGUAGCUACUGGCACAGUGUCCCAUUGAAUGGCCUCUAUUAAAUAACUCUUCUAAAUCCAAAGCAUUUGGUUUCAUUCCCAGUUAAUGCUUCUAACAUCUUGUUUAUAAUUACGUCCACAAUGAUAUUUCUCAUUUAUAGGAGUGUGGGAAUUUAUUUUGUGUGAG